GGAGGAGGAGGAGUUCCCCCUGUGAGAGCCGAAGCCCUCCGCUCUGCAUUCCGGCGGAGCUCAGAGGCGCACACCGGCCGCAGCCGCAGUCCCGGGCCGAGAGACUUGUUGUAGAAAGUGGAGACGGGAGGAAAAAGUUGCUCCGCGCGUGUUUCCCCAAGACUUUCUCCUUCCUCGCUGUUGUUUUUUUUUUUAUUAUUGUUCUUAUCUCUUGUCGAACCGGAGCUCUGCUUUGUGGAAUGAUUUACGUUUCGUCUGAGAGCUGCGAGAGAAGGUGGUUUAUGUCUUUUUAAGGUACUGGCCUUACUUUAACCCAACGCUGUAACUCCAGACUGUUGGUGCACCAUGGUGAUCAUGACAGAGACCAGCCGGGGGGCUCAGUCCAGCCCUGCCCAGGGGAGGCCGCUGCAGGUCGGCUUCUACGAGAUCAUCCGCACCCUGGGGAAAGGAAACUUUGCAGUGGUGAAACUGGCCAAACACAAAGUCACCAAAACGCAGGUGGCUAUAAAGAUUAUUGAUAAGACCAGGCUGAAUCCGUCCAACCUGGAGAAGAUUUACAGAGAAGUGCAGAUAAUGAAGCUGCUCAACCACCCUCAUAUCAUCAAGCUCUACCAGGUCAUGGAGACCAAAGACAUGCUGUACAUUGUGACUGAGUAUGCAAAGAACGGAGAGAUGUUUGACCACCUGACCUCAAACGGCCGCAUGAGUGAAGACGAGGCCCGAAAGAAGUUCUGGCAGAUUCUGACAGCGGUGGACUACUGCCAUCGACACCACAUCGUUCACCGUGACCUAAAAACCGAGAACCUGCUGCUGGAUGCCAACAUGAAUAUCAAACUAGCCGACUUUGGAUUCGGAAAUUUCUACAAUGCAGGGGAGCCUCUGUCUACGUGGUGCGGCAGCCCGCCUUACGCUGCCCCCGAAGUGUUUGAAGGCAAAGAGUAUGAAGGGCCUCAGCUGGACAUUUGGAGUCUUGGCGUCGUGCUUUAUGUUCUCGUCUGCGGCUCCCUUCCAUUCGACGGACCCAGCCUUCCUGCACUCAGACAGAGAGUCACCGAGGGACGAUUCAGAAUCCCUUUCUUCAUGUCCCAAGACUGUGAAAAUUUGAUCCGCAAGAUGCUGGUGGUGGAUCCAGCCAAGAGAAUCAGCGUGGCCCAGAUCAAGCAGCACCGCUGGAUGCUGGUGGACCCGACGGCCGCUCACCAGACCCUCAGCCAUUCCCUCACAGAGUACAACUCCAACCUGGGCGACUACAGCGAGCCUGUGCUGAACAUCAUGAACACGCUGGGCAUCGACCGCCAGAGAACUAUCGAGUCCCUGCAGAGCAGCAGCUACAAUCACUUCUCUGCUAUCUACUACCUGCUGCUGGAGAGAGUUCGAGAGCAUCGCACACAGCAGCUGAGCCGCCAGUGUGGAACCUGGAGCCAGAGACCCAGGAGCACCUCGGACUCCCCCGGCCCAGAGGUGAUCAUGGAGUCCACCGACAGUUUCAGAUCGACAGCAUUUUCAAUUCCAGCUAAAAACCCUCCUCCUGUGUACUCGGAGGUGGAGUGUGACCAAGGCGGAUUGUUCCAGCGUGUGGUGUUUCCAGUGGAGGCCAGCCUGAACAGAUUGCUCUGGAACCGCUCCAUUUCACCCAACAGCCUGCUGGAGACGAGCAUCAGCGAAGAGGUGCGACCCAGAGACCUGGAGGAGGAGGAGGCCACGCAGACUCUGGGGCCGCUGCUUCCUCCCACCACCACUUCCCGCAGACACACUCUGGCGGAGGUCUCUGCCCGUUUCCACCAGUGCAACCCUCCAUGUAUUGUGGUCAGUCCCUCUGACGGCGCCUCAUCUGACAGCUGUCUGAAAUCCUCAUCCAGUCCUACCCCCACUUUGCAAGCUGCUAUGGGUGAGAUGUCAACACCUCUGUCCUCUGGGGCUGAAGGUGGAGCUCUGCUGCCUGCUGGAGCCCCCCUGGCUCUCUCCUCCCACCUCCUGCCCCAGGCCCAGGGCAGCCUGCCCGCCGCCAGCUUCCAGGAGGGUCGCAGAGCCUCAGACACCUCCCUCACACAAGGCCUCAAAGCUUUCCGGCAGCAGCUGAGGAAAAACACCCGCACCAAAGGGCUUCUGGGAUUAAACAAGAUCAAGGGUCUGACGAGGCAGGUCGUUCCGCCGCCCUCCUGCAACCGCGGCAGCCGAGGGUCACUGGGUCCGGCCUUCUCCGAGCAUCGCAGCAUGCUGGAGGAGGUGCUGCACCAGCAGAGGAUGCUGCAGAUUCAGCACCAACCCCAGCCUCAGGUCCAAGCUGCCCAGACCGGACCUACCCAGAAUCCCCUGCUUUUCCUGGCCCAGCAACAGUCAUCUUCUCCUCCACCUGCCACCGUGUUCACUUCCUCCUCCAUGUUCGACACCCCCGCCCAGCCCGCCCUGCCUCCUCAGCCAGCCUCAGUGGGUCUGCAGCACGGCCCCUGGCAACAAACCCUGGAGAGCUGCUCUUCCUCCUCCACCUCCUCCGGCUGCUCCUCGUCCUCCUCGUCCUGCUACUGCUCCUCUCUCUCCCCCGUGGCUUCGGCCGCCUACCUGCUGGAGGAGCGUCUGCACAUCAGCCAGCAGCCUCACCCUUACACCGGCCUCCAGCAGCAGCAGCAUUCUGCAACACAAGGCACCUUCCCCAUCCUGGCCAAACCGGCGAUGUGGAGCAUGAGCUCGGCCCCCGGCGCCGACCCCAACAUGCAGGAGUUGGGUCUGGCCGGACAGCAGCAGCUCAGCAGCUGCGUGAUGGUGAAGUAAAACAUCCAAGAUUGUUCUCUCGGUGGAAGGAAAAUGGCUUUGAGCCCAGAAGAAAAAAAAAGAGAGCAGACGUGAGGAACAAAAAAAGCAGAUGCAAGCAACAAAUUUACACUUUAACAACACACAUGUGAGAAUGUGUCCGCACAUGUUUGUUUGUUUGUCGUGUUUUUGAUAUCAUAUAAGCUAAAAGACUAAGCAAUAACCAAACUCUGGAUGAGGCGUUAAAUCCGUAUCAGACAGCCAGAGAAGCAAUAAUAGACUGAAAGACUCUCCUCCAGCUCUCUGAUGGACUCGCUUGAAUGAAGAGAGAGCUGACGUAAGCCGAGACACUUAUCUCUCACGUUUUGAUGCUGUCUAAGUUAAGUUCUUGAUUUUUUUUUUGGAAAAGAGGAAGUCUCCCUCUUCCGCUUUUUUUCUAGUCAUGUAAGUUCUUGAUGUUUUUCACUUGCCUGGACAGAAGACCAAAAUUCUUUCCUUUUCUUUUUUUUUUUUUUUUGCAUUUCCCCUCUUUCCACGUUGUUCGCCUUUUUCUAAAGAGACAUUUCUCUGUAGCAGUGCAAUGAACACGCAGCAUAGUGCCCUAAGCUUACAACUGUUCACUGAAGGAGCUGAUUUUGAUUCGUAUUGAAACUGUGAUAUAUUUGAGGGUUUUUUUUUUUGUUUGUUUGUUUGUUUUUUUUUCUUUCCUGUGCAAGAUUAUUUUAGCAAAUGCUGCUUUUACCUCAAACUGCAAAAAGACUGCUUACAUCCUCAUCAGCCAAAACUGAAUGAAGAUGGUGUCUGGCUGAUUGAGUAAAGCACAACAGGUACGUCGGUCAGCUCGGUAGCACCUCGCGGAUAUUCCCUUCGUCUGAUAAGCACCUUCUCGUUAGAUGCUUUUACUACCUCCUCAGGCAACAAUUUGGAAACUUCAGCAAAACCUGUCUUCGGUCCAGAUUAGAGGAAAGAGGGUUUUUUUCCUCAUACGGACAGAACAAAGAUUGUGGGAACAGUGCAAUAUUAUACAUGGAAAGAUGAGGCUUUACAUAGGACGGUCAAAAUUACAUGCAUAUUUGCCUGAGGUUUAUUUCGUUUGUCUGUGUUUGACCUUGCUGUGCUAGCUAGCUGACUCGAAAAAAAGGUACUUGUUAUGUAAGACGAUAACAUGAUACUGUAGUGGUUCAGAGGAAAGACUCGAGGCAUUUCAAGAUGCUGUUUCUUCCCACAGCGUGCUUGUGGUCCUUUUAACCGAAAAAGGAAGAAUUUGGGUUUUACCAAAGAGCGAACAGCACAACGACGAGAUCGGUGAUCUAUCCAAGACACACUACUGACUUUUCACUUCGAAUGCUGUCUCCAGAUGUAGCAUGGUGGUUAGCUACCAUUUUCACAAGAUCUCCUGAGCUUCUGCUUUGAGAAAAAAAAAAAAAAACUCCCGCUGCCACCAAAUCCUAAUGCUACGCGUAUUGUCGAUAUCUCUAGCUGUUACUAUCAGGACCAUGGCGGUAUUCAUUUUUGUACUUUUCUAGAAAAGAACAAGGAAAAAAAAAAAAAAAGAAGAAAAAAAAAAGAAAAAAAUCACAACAUAGCAAUACCAUAUUGUGCAGGAAGUUGAACUUUCUUCAGUCGCCCGUAAGUGGCUAGAAAUAGGUAGGAAUGACCUGCAACGAGCUGAUUUAUACGUGCAGGUGAUGACGUGUUAGAAAAGCUGCAAGAGAUGUGUAAUGUUUAGUUCUCUCAUAUCUGUGAAGCAUCUUGUAGGGGAGCAGUGUUUUUUUUUCCGAGCCCAGUUCUACUUCGGUAACAUGCAGUGUUGAUACUUCUGCCCAACUAUUUUUUUGGUUGAUUGCACUCACUACCAACACUUGUGCCUUUAUCUGAACAAACCCGCGGUCGGAGUUUUCCGUCUCCGAUUGCUACACUGAAAAAAAAAAAAGAAGGACUGAUGGCUCCAUUACCGGCCGUUCACUCAGACGCCCCUUUGAUAUUUUCUUUGACUUGCUGUUUAAACAGAAGCAAGAUUUGCACUUUAUUCAUGUUUCUUAUAACUGAUUUUUUUUUUUUUGGUUCCUCAUGAUGACAACAAAAUCACAAAACUAUUGAAACACUAAGACUCUUGAUGCAAAUCUGUAAGAUGACCCUUUUGAUAAACUUUGGAUAAUAAGAAGUAUGUCAUGCUUUUUUGUUCUGAUUUGUUACUUGACUGUGUGAGCACGUGUUUGUGCGAGCGUUUGUAUGUGAGCGUGUGUGUGUGUGUGUGUGUGUGUGUGGAGGGGAGGAACAGAAAGAGGAAGGGAAGGAGAAAGAAUGUUAGAACGGGAAAGAUUGUUUAUUUAUGUGCUAUUUAUUUAAAUAAAGUUCACUUCCGAAA